AUGCCUCGGCCGCGGAAGUGGCUCGCCAUUCUGAACAUGGUAUUCGCCAUUGGCUGUCGGCACUGUCCACUGAUGGAGAAUAUCCACAGCAUGAGCGAAGAGGACCUGGUCUUCCUGAGCCGAGCGCGGCUUUUAGGCUUCCAUUUCAGCGUGCUAUUCGAGCACAGCGAUUUCCAGCAGACCCAGUUAGAAUGUUUGAUGGCAAUAUACCUCCUCUGCGUGGGACAGAUCAAUAGGGCAUCCAAAUUUUCUAGCAUGGCUCUCCGCUCCGCGCUAUCCCUCGGUAUUAAUCUUCGUCUCACAGACCCCCAGACUGCAGAAGCCGCGAAAGAAGCCCGCGGCCGCCUCUGGUGGCCCAUCUACUCUCUCGAGCACCUCAUCACGUCGGUAACCGGUCGCGCCUCCAGCGUGUCGGAGAAUAUCUGCUCAGGGUCAGUACCUUUUCCCUGCGAAGAAGAAACCUUCGAACAUCCAGAAACAAAGCGUCUCCUGCAAGACCCAACUCUCCGCGACACACACCUCCGCCCAUCCCUCUUCGUCCACCACCUCGUCGACUUAAACCUCGUCACCCAAGCCCUCAUGAAUAAAGUAGACAGCAUCGAAGGUCUCCGCCAAGGUGCCUCCAGAACCGAAUACCACGUCCAGAAAUUGGGCCUAAAAAUGGACUGUUGGCUCACAAAACUACCCCCAGCAUACCGAUUCACCCUGCCCGAUGCCGGCCCCUGGCAUCUCAAGCACCCCCAACUAGACGACCUAGCUGCGCCUUUCGUCCGCGAACGUGUCUGUCUAGCAAUGAACUACUAUUCUGCUCGAAUAAUCCUCUGCAGACCAUGUCUCACUUACAACCACACAAAUACCCAAAUCCAAGCAUCCCGCCCCCAAUCCUCAAGCUCAAACCCAGACCUAAGCUCCCGCUCCAAUCUCCGCUCUGAAAUGGCCACACAUUGUCUCCAAGCCGCCUGUGCUUUCAUCUCCAUCUUACCCGAAUCACCUGACCUCUCCUAG